UAUAAUACUGGCUUUUCCUUGGAAUCAUUCUUCCUUUGCAAAUCAUACUACUGGGUCCUGCCAACAGCAGUCAGAUAAUAUUAUGGCCGCGGUAGUAAGCCAGCCCACCGGCCCAACCGACAGCCACAUCCUAUCCCAAGUCGAACAAGACGAAAAGGGCCUCGCGCAAAAGCCACACGUAGGCCCUAUCGAUAACACAUCUGACAUUGGCUGGGGGGCAUCUCCUCUUGAAUUCGAAAAGCGAAUCGUGUCUGGCCUGUCAAAUGAAGAUCUCUGGAUGCUUAUCAGACGGUUCAAUAAGCAAAUAUACUGCGUCAAAAGCGUGCCCGAGUCACUUGCGCAGAGCCUGGACCUCAAUCGUGCGGCCGAUGAGGAUUUCUCGCCUGAUAAGUUGCGCGCUACUAUAGAGCGGUUCUACACUGUUGUUGUUGUGGAGCUUGCUGGGUUUGUCAAGCAUGUUGCUAGAUUACGAUCGUGGAGGGAGCCACGUCGGACGUCGGUGUUUUGCAUUGUCUACUUCGUCGCAUGGUUUCUGGACCUGCUCGCACCCACUCUAAUCAGCGUUCUCCUUGCCCUAGUUAUAUACCCACCAUCCAGAUCAAUCCUCUUCCCACAUGCCCCAAUUCCCCUUGUCGACAAAGACACAGGCGGGGUACAAAAACCAACAGCCGGUGUCCUAGGCUCACACUCUAGCAUCACCGGCGCCCCCGAGAACUUCAAAGGCGAAGCAGCCGAGAAAGAAGCCAGCAACCUGAUGAGCAGCAUGGCGAGCAUGGCAGCCGGAAGCGUCACAGGGAAACACGACCAAGGCACACCUGACGACGCGCCCAUGGAGAAAUCCGCUCCAGAUGCGAUGGACGUGGUUUCGGACGCGGCGGAUGCGCAGGCUUCUGUGCAUGGGGAGGUCCCUGAGAAGUCCCAUGAUAAGACGAGACAGCCUAUGAAGGAGGUUGUGCUUGCUACGGCUAUUCAGUUGAUGCGUGGUGUGAAUGAUACUGUUGAUACGUAUGAGCGGUUUGCUAAUGCGCUUUCGCCAACGCCGCCCUUUUCUUCGUUCACGCCGUACUUUCGCUUCUCGUGCGUCUUGGCUGUUUCUUUUGCAGUGUCGCUUGUGACUUCCAGCCACUUGUUCGUCAAGAUUACUACCCUGGUGACUGGGUUCAGUUUCUUCGGCGAUCCGAUCAUCCAGCGCGGAAUGGAAUACUUGGACGACAAAUAUCCACUCUGGCGAAAGAGCCUCUCACUAGAAAACUCCCUCCUAAAAGGCAUCCCCACAAACGCCCAACUAACCCUAACCCUCCUCCGCAGCGGCGAAGCAAACGGCUCCCCCAUCCCCCCACCCCCCGGAGACAACCAUAAGGACGCACCCCCACCAUCAGAGCCCACCCCAAUCAACACCAACAAUCUCCAACUCGGAGCCUCCAACGAAGAAAUCCACGACGCCGCAUCUCCCGCACCGCCCGGCUCCACCCCCCACGAAGAGCCCGCCACCGACGCGCCCAAACCCAAACAUAACUUCAUGUCCGGUCUAGUCAACUUCUUCCGCGGCACCACAUCCACAGGCCUCCAAAGCAAGCUAGCAGUGGACCGCGCCCGAGCAGCAGCCGGGUCCCGGCACGCCAAGAGCCGCGUGGGCGUCCUCCGACGCAAAGGCCAGACCGUCGUCCCGCGGGGCCCCGUGCAUUUCGACGCGCGGUACCACGGUAAACGCGGCGCGGUGAUGCUCGACGCGAUGCAGGAUCCGCCGGUUGUUUACUUUACGACGGAUCCGGCGUCGAUGGCGGAGGACCAGAGCGUGCGGGACAAGAAGGGGAAUAAGUCUGUGUUGUUUGCGUUUCCGGUUACGGAUAUUGUGGAGUUGAGGAAGAUGGGGGGGCUGGGGUGGAAGGGGAAGUUGGCGGCUGGGUGGGCGGUUGGUGGGAAGGAGGUGGUGGAUGGGCUGGUUAUUGUUGGGAAGGGGCCGCAGGAGAGGUAUCAGUUGACGGCUAUGAAGACGAGGAAUGAUUUGUUUAAUCGGUUGGUGGCGAUUGAUGGGCAGGUUUGGGAGAGUUAUUGAUUGUGAGAACUGUGCUGAGAUGUUCAAGUUUGGAGAUGAUGCGGUAUUUGUUCUAGACAUGGCUGUGGGCUUCGUUUGGUCAAGUGGGCUCGUUAGAAUUAGUAUUACUAUAUUGGCCUCUGU